AGUUACGAACUAUUUUAACGUAAGUUUAAGAAAAAAAACUUACAAACGUUUUGUGAAAAACACUUACGAUUUACGUAAGUCUCAGGUCGGCCUUUGUUGGAAUUGGAAAUGUGUUUUUCAUUAUCGCGGAAAAGAAUAACUGUGCAAAUGUAUCUUCCAUACGUUACUGUACACCUUACACUAAUUUCUAAUGGAAGUACGAGUAGAAACACAUGUUUUAUCAAAUCUUACGUUUUGUUUUCACAUUUUCCUUGUAAACUAAAUGCCUGAAUAUUUCGCGCUCUGAAACCGAUGGAAUGGACAUAACUUAUACAGACGGUGCGUUAUAAAGACGUAAAAGGUUUCUUUACCAAACAUUUAUAAAAUUAAGAUUAUAUAAAUAAAACGAACUUAUUUCAGAACUGACAAUGUUGAUUUAUCAAGGUUUACUGUGUUAUCUUUACUUGAAUUCAAUAUACGGAUUGACACUUUAUCAAAUUAAUGACAGACUGAGUUACAUUGAAGAUAGAAUAAAUGCAGAAAGCAAGUUUAGGAGAGAUGAUUUCGGUUCAUUGUAUCAUGAGAUUUCUUCCAUAAAAGAAAUGCUUCAACAAGUUUUGGAGAGUAACAGUGAUGGGAAAGAAACUAAACAUACUGAUGAAGUAAAAGAACACACUAGUAAAGAAUUAGAAGAAAAGAUUCAUCGACUGAGUAUUGGUUUUAAAGAGGAGAAAAUGACAAAUAGUCGAAUAAGACGAAAAACACACGAAUUACAACGACAAGUUACCGAUCUAAGAACCCUUACAGACAAAAGCUCUAAAAUCCUUGCAGACAAUUAAAAAGGAAUAGAACAUCUUACAAAGAAAACUGGAGAAUAUCAAAAUGAUAGCAAACAGUUACAAAGUGCUUUGACCAAAAUUGGGAUUUGUUCUGUAAACUUUACUGAACAAUAUGAAAACAAACAGAAUAUUCAAGAAGAAAAACUUGACAAACUUAAGGCAAUUACUGAAAUGAUACAGGAAAGCACAGAACAACUGAAGCAAGAACAAGAAAAGAGUUUUGAUGAUAUUUACAAUGCGACCAAGAGAUUAGAAGAAAAAAUUGAUGGCAUAGAAAACAUUGUCAGUAAGGCGACUUCGUGUCUGGACCUGUAUAACAACGGAUUUAAAUCAAGCGGUAUAUAUCAGAUAUAUAUUAUUAAACAAGAAAAACUGCUGUCUGUCUACUGUGACAUGGAUACUGACGAUGGAGGUUGGACAGUCUUCCAACGACGUCAAGAUGGAAGUGUGGACUUCUAUCGAGACUGGGAAGACUAUAAGACUGGAUUUGGUGAUUUGAAUGGUGAGUUUUGGCUUGGGAACAACUACUUAAAUCUACUGACCGAUGAUGAUAGACAGCACGAGCUUAGAAUUGAUCUAGAAGACUUUGAUGGAAAUCGUGCAUAUGCAAAGUAUAGAAGCUUUAAAAUUCUGCCGGAAAAAAUGAAGUACAUACUCGAAGUUGGUAAUUACAAUGGAAAUGCCGGAGAUUCUCUUGAAGCAUCAAACAAUAAGGGACAUAUACAUGAUGGAAUGGAAUUCAGCACCAAAGAUAAUGAUAAUGACAACUUAAGCGGACAUUGUGCUUCUAUGUAUAAGGGCGCCUGGUGGUUCAAUUAUUGUUUUGCCUCGCACUUAAAUGGUUUGUAUUCUCAAAAGGCAACUUGUACCGAAGAAUGGAAUUGCAUCAUUUGGAAUUCAUGGAAAGGUUCACAAACAUCCAUUAAGUUCACUGAAAUGAAACUCAGGUAAAGUUGUUUCUGAGAUAAGUGAAAUAACAUUAGCGAAUGAUGUUUAUACUGAACGGAUAAUUUUAAAUGAAUUCAAAGUAUUCCGAAAAGGAAAGUUUAAAUUGGUUUUGAAUUAUUGGAGUUUUCUAUUGUGUUGUCAUUAUAAUUGUUUGUUUAAAUGUUUUAUAUAUAUUAACAAUAUCACAUUUUACUUUUCCGUAAUAGUAAUGUUGCAUUAUGGAGGCGAGGACUUUUAUAAUAAUAAUUCGCAUAAGUAUGAAAUCUAUUAUGGCGUCAGUGUCUGUGAUUAAAUUUAAAGUGAAAUUAUGCCCACUUUUUUUUUGUGAAGUUGAGCUGAAUUUAAUAUUUAAAGAUUGACUGUUAUUAUCGUGAUUAACCAACAGUUAAAUUGGAAUAUAAUUAGGAUAAAAUCUGCCUAAAAUAUAAAGACUGUCCCACUCUUUUUAUAAAUUGAACAGAUAAAUUCCGAUGGCUAUUUAAAUUACAGAAACUUCUUUGGGCCAUGUGAUUUAUUUAUUAUUCAUGCGUAGUAAAUUUCAAAAUUGAAUGGAAUUAUGAUAAAAAUGUAAACUUAUUUUGACUUUUCCCUUUUCAAUCACUAUAUGCCCUUAGAUGGCUCUAGUGUCAUAUAUUAAACAUGACUGAAAACAGAUGUUUUAUUAUGUACAAAUUUAUGGACCUAUA